AGUAAAGUCCUUGUACUUUUCUGAAUAACGCGGACAGGGCGGCGAUGUGUUAAUCGGGCCAAAGCGCGCGCCAAAGGUUCGCCUCGAGGUUAAACAUGUCGAUCACAGCUGCAUAUAAGAGAGAACCAUGUUCAUUCCCUAUUUAUCGCGGAGGCCCUCAGUUUUUUACUCUCUUUUGUUGCUUUCCUACACUGAUGUGAGGUCUUCUUAAACUGAAUAGCAUGGAAUUAACGUGCUUCGACAUCAGUUCUCUUUCCAGGAUAGGAUCCCUCUCGCACAGUAAUAGUAGCGUCACUCUGACACUCAACCCUCAAUUUGAACCCCCCUUCUUAAAGGACAACCACAGCUUUUCCAUGCAUUCACGGAACCCUCAUAAUCUUCGGUCGGUUCACGCGAUUGAUUUGUCUUCAGCACGACUUGGGAUUCAUCGUCUUCCGAACGAAAUACUUUCCUACAUUUUCGUGAACGCGAUUCAGGUCUGCGAUUUUGACGACCCAUCUGAAGCAGCAUAUUUUCCUUUGACUAUCUCACAUACAUGCUCGCGCUGGCGCAAGGUGUCCAUCUCAACAGGCUCGCUCUGGACAUCUAUCAGAUUGUGCCUCCCUUAUUCAUUGAAUCAGCUUACCUAUCUACGCACCUGGCUGUCUCGAUCGAGAUCAUACCCCCUUGACAUACUUCUCGAUUUCCGAGACGAAGAAUGGGAUUGGGAGGAAGAAGACCACCUCUUUACUCACGACGCGGCGAAAGAAAUCAUCUCCGUCAUCCUUCCGCAUUCCAAGCGAUGGCGACACAUCGAAUUCUUCACUGAUACCUGGGCGCCAAUCCACGCGUUUCUGGACCUGACACGGGACAUCGACGAUCUACCCGUGUUGAAGAGCGUGGCAUUGUCUAGAUGUAACGCGUAUUUUGCCAGAAAAGGAGAAUGUUUCAAGCCUGUGGAGUUGAAAGAGCCUAUUCCACUGUUUACUGGUGGGCGUCUACCAGCGCUACGGGACUUGGCAUUGGUGGGAGUACAUGUAGAUUGGAGACAGUCCGUAAUGGUGAAUCUUCUCGAGCUGGAGCUCAAAUUUCACGCGUACGACGUCUUGCCUACAUUGGGGGAGUUCACGAACAUUCUCAUCUCGUGUCCAGAGUUGGAACGGCUAUCGAUAGUGGGAUGGGGUCCAAGGCUGGAUGCAACCUUCACCGACACAAGACGUGUCAUAUCCAUGGCAAAACUCACGCGCUUGAUUUUUGGAUUCGUGGAUGUAGAGUAUGCAGUCAUGCUGCUCUCCUUGUUCCAUCUGCCGUCUCUUUACGAACUCGACCUCGAGGACGUCGCGGCAAUUGUGGAUCCUAUUGGCUCAUCAGAUGCCAGUACCCUCCUCACCCUGUUAGAAGUCUCUUCGACUGAACUCGAUGCUGAAACCUGCUUCUUUCCUUUGCAACAAGUUGACUACCUUGGUUUACGCAGCAUUCGUUCUAGCGAGGCAGUUUUUACUCAGUUUUUGCGCCGCUUCAGCAGCCUGGAAAAAAUCAACCUGUCUGAUGCAGAUUCAGCGUUAUUGACUGCCCUAGGGCCGCAACAGUUCUCUCCUGAACCAAAAGCCGGAAUAUCAAGUAAACUUCGGGAUCGUAGGCCUUCCUUUGCAUCUUCAUUGUCAACUAGUUUGGCGCCAUGCCCGCAGCUUGUAGACUUGACAUGUCGCCGUGUCGAUAUGAGCGUCUUGUCUUCUGUUAUAUCGGCCCGGGCGAAAGCUGGUUCGGGUGUGCGGCCUUUACAGUCGGUCCAACUUGAGCUGGACAAUUUUGAGUCUACCUGUUAUGACUCGGACGAUGGUAGUAGCAUUGCAAGUGGUUUGAGUGACGAAGAUCGCACCUCUCUUCUCAAAAUCGGCGUCGACUUUAGAUUGAUGACCUCGGGUCUUGCGCAUGAGCUGUUGCAUGAACCCUUGUAAAUAUACCAAGUUGUGAUCAAGUAUCGCUGUUCCGUUAUGUAGUGAAUGUGUAUUGUACACCAUGCACUCAUUUGCAUCUUGACCAAAUCUGAAACUUCCAGGCAGGGAAAUUGUUCUUACAAUGUCCCUCGUAGUAUUACAGCCAGUACAAUGGUGCAUACAUUUAUUCCUUCGCCCGAUGCGAUAUCAACCAUUCAAGUACCAUCUUUAUCCAUCUCUUCAUGACCUCUGACUACAUACUGAAUCCGCUUCCGAAUUAUGGUCCAAAAUUCAGCUUUCGCCUACGAUUUGGAGGUACCAAUACGAGUGCUACUAGUACGUGGAGGGUGCAAAUUCGCUCUCCCGCAUGCGCGAAGAAGGAAUUUGAGUAGACAUUUAUUUGUAUUUUAGACGUUAGCUAUUUUUUCCCAGCACUAAGUGGCAAGGUGCUAGUUCGUGUAAUGAACUUAU